ACUGAAGUAGCUGAAGUUUAAAAAAAUCAUAGUUUAGCUUUAAAAGAGCAGUUUAGUCUUGUUGUUAACUUCAGAUAUUAUCAGGAGCUGUUUGCAGUUAUCCGCACAUCUGUUUAGAUCCGCAGUGACUCAGCUCUAAGCUCACAUCCAACCACAGGAAACAUUGUCUGGCUUCAGAACAGACCUCGGAAACAUUUGUACAAGUUUGCAGUUGUUCUUUAGUGCAUAAAAUAACUUUUGUUGAUGCGCUUGGAUGGUUAUAAACCAUGUCGGUCUUGUUCAUCAUGUGGAUGCUUUGCACUCUGGAUUUGUCAGACUCUGCACCUGAUGAUUGUCAAGAUGAGAUCGAGCGUCUUCGGUUGGAUUUGAGGAGUUUGGAGCUUCGCCACACAAAGCAACAGCAACUUAUUCACCGAUUAAUGAACAUCAACCAGAUGGAUGUUCGUUCCCUGAAAGAGGGCUCGUUUUAUGACACGGGAGACACACAGUACAUGGACUGUGCUCAGAUCUUCAAAAACGGCAGCACGAGCAGUGGGUUUUAUAUGAUUAAACCACUGCGAAGUCCGGCUCACGUCAGAGUGUUCUGUGAUAUGACGGAGGGCGGUGGAUGGACGCUCUUUCAGAGACGCUCUGAUGGCAGUCUGUCAUUUGACCGAGAUUGGAAUGAUUAUAAAAUAGGAUUUGGUGACAUGAAGUCUGCUAAUGGAGAGUUCUGGUUGGGGAAUGAUAAUCUGCAUUAUUUGACAUCUCAAGGUGAUUACAACUUAAGAAUAAAUCUGGAGGAUUUUGAAGGAACCCACCGUUUUGCAGUGUACAGGAAUUUCAAAGUGGAUAAUGAAGAGAAUCAUUACCAGCUCCAGUUUGGUGUGUACUCAGGGACUGCUGGGGAUGCUCUGUCUGGCAGUUUUCAUCCAGAGGUGCAAUGGUGGGCCAGUCAUCAGGGCAUGAAGUUCAGCACACGAGAUCGAGAUCAUGACCGCUAUGACCGCAACUGUGCUCAGGAGGACAAGGGAGGCUGGUGGUUCAACAGAUGUCACUCUGCCAACCUGAAUGGAUUCUACCACCGUGGAGCCUACAGUGCAUCCACUGAUGAUGGCAUCGUGUGGUACCCGUGGCAUGGCUGGUGGUACUCCCUCAAAUCUGUGCAGAUGAAGAUCAGACCCACUAAUUUUGAGCCUUAUGAGGUUUAAUUCAUGACUCUGAGGAUAUUUGAACCACAAAGGAACUAAUUAAUUUGUGUUUUAGGGCAAAUAACGUUAUAUGUCAGCUUUCUAGUCUAUUUUCUUAUCUAGUUUAAAAAGCUAGUUUUACUCCUGCAUGUAGAACAAUAAAGCUUUCAACACAUC